GGAGCCCUAAGUGUCUGCCUCACAGUUCAGCUUCCCUGUAACUCAGGCUCAAGUCUCCCUCCUCCUCCUUUCUCCACACCCCCUUCAACCCCACAACUUUGGCCGGCCGCCGGGCGACACCACGAGUUAUUUCCCUGCUAUUUCCCAGCCCCGGAGCUCUUGGCCCCUGAACAACUGGUUUCCUCUAGGAGUCUGGGAGGAGCAAGGGAGCCGGCAAGGAGCAGCCAGAAGCUGGGAGUCAGUCAGCAAAGGCAGGGGCUGCCUAGUUGGGGUAGGAGUGGGAGCAGGGCCAGCUGGAGGGUCUGAAGAAGCCAUUCAGAGCGAGCAGCUGGGGGAGCUGGGGAGCCGGGAGGGGCCUACAGACUCCAAGAGGAUCCUGGCGUCUGGGCCUUCGCGGUCACCACCAUGAGGCCACUUCUUGCCCUGCUGCUUCUGGGGCUGGUGUCAGGCUCUCCUCCACUGGAUGACAACAAGAUCCCCAGCCUGUGUCCCGGGCAGCCCGGCCUUCCAGGCACACCAGGUCACCAUGGCAGCCAAGGCCUGCCUGGCCGCGAUGGCCGCGAUGGCCGCGACGGUGCCCCCGGAGCUCCGGGCGAGAAAGGCGAGGGCGGGAGGCCGGGACUGCCCGGGCCACGUGGGGAGCCCGGGCCGCGUGGAGAGGCAGGUCCGGUGGGGGCUAUGGGGCCUGCUGGAGAGUGCUCGGUGCCCCCUCGGUCAGCCUUCAGUGCCAAGCGCUCGGAGAGCCGGGUGCCUCCGCCGGCCGACACACCCCUACCGUUCGACCGCGUGCUGCUGAACGAGCAGGGCCACUACGAUGCCACCACGGGCAAGUUCACCUGCCAAGUGCCUGGCGUCUACUACUUCGCCGUCCACGCCACCGUCUACCGGGCCAGCCUGCAGUUCGAUCUUGUCAAAAAUGGCCAGUCCAUCGCCUCUUUCUUCCAGUUUUUCGGGGGGUGGCCCAAGCCAGCCUCGCUCUCGGGGGGUGCUAUGGUAAGGCUGGAACCUGAGGACCAGGUGUGGGUGCAGGUGGGCGUGGGUGAUUACAUCGGCAUCUAUGCCAGCAUCAAGACAGACAGCACCUUCUCUGGAUUUCUCGUCUAUUCUGACUGGCACAGCUCCCCAGUCUUUGCUUAAAAUACAGUGAACCGGGAGCGGGCACUUGCUCCUAGAGGAGGGUAUGACACGGACAGGCGCACACCAGGAGGGCUGGCCCCCUGGACUAUUGUGAAUGACUAGGGAAGAGAGAGGACCACCCCCUGUCCCACUGCUAUCGAGGAAAGGAGACAGGCUAUCUGAGGUCAAGUUGGGCAGCUGAGGUCAAGAUGAGCUGGGUUUCUGCCCGGGACGCUGGAAUGUGCUAGGCUGGCAACUGUGGGAUCCUGGCCCAGGAUUCCAAGGUGGGACACUCCCUUCCUAGUCCUGUGCCCCCUCCAGGUCCUUGCCCCCACCUCUUCUGCUCCCAGGGCCAGACUUUUUCUCAGAGGUCACUUAAUAAACCUAAAAACCUCC